AUGACCGCAAGUAGCGCACCGACUACUUCCGACCCUGCUGGACCAUCUGACACCAGCAGCGCCUACACGAGGUUGCACAUCACUCCUUUCGACCAGGACCUCUUGAAAAUUGUCGUUCCGCCUUCGGCCUUGCCCAACGCCCGUAACAUCUCCUUCCACACGCUCGAGACCUUCCCCGAGAAGCGCUACGGCUUCGUCGAACUUCCCGAGCCAGACGCCGAGAAACUCAAGAAGAAACUCAACGGCGCUGUGCUGAAAGGGGUCAAGAUGCGCAUCGACAAGGCUCGCCCGGUAGAGGAUUACACACCUGUCCCCGAAGGUGAAGAGACUGGAAAGAAGCGAAAGAAGAAGUCAAAGGACAAGGAGGAGAGAAAGAGGCAGAAGCGCGACGACAAUGUCGUUGAGGGUGUUCAGCUGCGCGAUCGCAAGGUCAAGCGAGGAUGGACGGUCCCCGAGGAGGCCAAGAUAAGGGAGAAGAAGAGCAAGAAGGACAAGGAAAAGAAGGAGAAGAAGGACAAGACCAAGAAGCGCGAGGAGCGAUCCAAGUACACUGAAAAAGAGGAGUGUCUGCUGAAGACCAAGCUGCCCGCCAAGCAACUCCCGGCGACAACCGAACCAGAGGACGAAACCGAACGCAAAAAGCGCAAGAAGAAGUCGAGGGAGGUUAUCAUUCACGAGUUCGAGAAGACGACAAAGUUCCCCACGUUUCUCAAGGCGACCAAGCCCGCGCCAGCUGAGUCGCUCACAACCGAGUACAUCGAAGGCAAAGGAUGGGUUGACGCCGAGGGGAAUGUUAUCGAGCCGCCCAAGACAAGGAGGACUGCAACCGCACCGGUGCCCGAGUCCAAAGGACCCAAGCCAUCGAAAAAGGCCAAGGCUCCUACACCGCCGCCGCAGGAUGAAGAUUCCACAAGCAGCAGCGGCACGUCGUCCGAUGAGGAUACCUCUUCAGACGAAAGCUCAGGCGAUGAAUCGGAACCGGUCAAGGCGACGCCCGUCGGGACAGCGCCUGUGACACCCGCGAAGCAGACGCCGAGACCGCCGCGCAAAGAAGAUGAUACGACCAGCAGCAGCGGCUCCUCGUCUGAUGACAGCAGCUCUGACAACGGUUCAGACGACGACGACGAAGAAAUGGGCGAUGAUGCAAAGCCUACUAAGCAAGCCGUAUUCGGAACUCCUCUGUCUGCCAUCAAGGCCGCCGAUGCGUCGCGACCCAGAUCCGCUGGCUCCAAUGUCAGCCUUACCAUUAAGAUACCCCCGCCAUCCACCCCGUCCCAGGUCCACCCUCUUGAGGCCCUCUACAAGCGCCCGAAGCAGGGCGAUGGUGAAAACCCCCAAACGGCCAAGGAGGCGGAGCCUUUCAGCUUCUUCGGCGGCGGUGGCGACAACGAUGACCUGGAAGAGGAGGAAGACGUCGCACCGGCCAGCCAGCUUCCCAUGACCCCUUUUACCGCACAGGAGUUUGAGUGGCGUAACGUUAGAAGCGCAGCGCCCACACCUGACACGGCACACCCGAACCACACGAAGCCGUUUUGGGCCAUUGGCGCCGAGGGCGAUGAGGACGAGGAGGACGAGGAGACGCGGGAGGAGAUCGAGGCUACGUUGAACGCGGAGCGGAACGCCGAGGCCGAGAGCGGCAGCGCGGGCCCCGGCGGCGACUUCCAGAAGUGGUUCUGGGACAAUCGCAAGAACCUCAAUCAGUCGUGGAUGAAGCGCCGGAAAACGGCUGCUAAAGAGAGGCGGCACCGGGACAACAAGUCUCGCGCUUCGAAAGCUGUGUAG